GACAGUGAACCGGGUCUGUGGGUCUAUUAUAUAUGGUAUUUAAACAACCUGAGAGUCAAACUAACUUUAUCUUUCUUCAUCUUCUGCGUUACAGAGUACGGGUGUGCGCUUUUCAGCCUACUAUGGUUACUGUCCGCUGUUUUAUGUUCCUCAGAGAGUCCAAUAUAGAGAACGGCAGUCAGCUCGACCUGACUCCUGUAGAUCAGCCCGGGUUCAGCCGCACGGGAUACACUGUAGUGGCAGUGUGUUUGGGAAUUAUCUUAGUUUUCGGUUUCCUAAAUAACUUUCUUGUUCUUUUGGUCUUCGCCCGCUUUCAUGUCCUGAGGACUCCGAUCAACUUAAUACUGCUGAACAUCAGUGUAAGCGACAUGCUCGUUUGUAUUUUUGGCACACCUUUUAAUUCCUUUUCACCUUUAAGUUUCGCCGCGUCUGUGCACGGCCGGUGGCUGACGGGAGUUCAUGGCUGCAGGUGGUAUGGCUUUGCCAACGCGCUGUUCGGCAUUGUUUCACUGGUAUCCCUUGCUGUGCUGUCUUACGAGCGCUACAGCACCAUCCUCUGCUGUUCAAAAGCAGAUGUGUCUGACUAUAGGAAGGCCUGGCUCUUCAUCACGGGCUGCUGGCUGUACUCUCUCAUGUGGACAGUGCCGCCACUCUUCGGCUGGAGCAGCUAUGGUCUUGAGGGUCCCGGCACCACCUGUUCAGUCCAGUGGAACCAGCCCUCCUCGGAAACACGAUCUUACGUCAUCUGCCUCUUUGUCUUUUGUCUGCUGCUGCCUCUUCUUCUGAUGGUCUACUGCUACGGGAAGAUCCUCAUUGCCAUUCAUGGGGUUGCUAAGAUCAAUCAGACAGCUGCACAGAGGAGGGAAACGCACGUGCUGGUGAUGGUGGUUUCCAUGGUGUCCUGUUACCUGCUCUGUUGGAUGCCGUACGGGGUCAUGGCAUUGCUUGGCACGUUCAGCGUCGGUGUUGUCAGCCCCACAGCCAGCGUCGUGUCAUCCAUACUAGCAAAGAGCAGCACUGUUCUAAACCCCAUCAUAUAUGUUCUGUUCAAUAAUCAGUUUUACAGGUGCUUUAUAGCUUUAGUAAGAUGUGGGCCAGAACCUCCAGCCCAUCUCACCCUUCAUACAGAAGAAGGCGGUGGUCAGCGGGACUGUAUCCCUAUGGGGUCAUAUGAUGCUACUUCUCCGCCAGACAGCCCAGACAAGUUUGGGACCCAGAGGGCUUCAGUACAAAGAGGUAGUAAGACUUUGGUGCUUGUGGUGCAUUGUGCUUCAUAAAAGCCUGGGAUGAACGUUCCAUCCAUGCAAUACCAUAUUUAGAGGGACAGGAAAUGAC